CGCACCCCCAAAACGCACGCCUCCGAUCCCCACGCCGUAGACCUAGCCACCACCACCGCCGUCCGACACUCACCUCCGCGGAUUCAGCACGCACGCACGCACCGGGGAUAAGAUCACUCACCCCAGGCUGAUUGUGGCUGAUCAUUCACCCCAGGCUGAUUGUGGCUGGUAUUGGCGAUUUAAGUCUUUGUUAGGUGUUUUUCUCUUGUUUCUUGGGUCGUAAUCUUUGAUUAAGCUUCACUGGAAAGACUGUACAUGAGAAAACUCUGUUGUUGAAACAUUUCUCUUGUAAUAUGAAUGUAUUUUGACGUUCCGUCUUCCUGUGCUAGAAUCAUAUAUUUCAGCUUCAAAGCUCUUAUGGUACUUUUUAAGUUCCCUAUUGAACCGAAUACCCUAACGCAUUAAUUUCGAACCUUGGUGAUGAACAUUCAUGCAUAUUAAUUCAGAACCCGGUGGCAUAUUAAACCCUGGAUACUCGCUCUAUCGGGGAAUUGGAGCUCCUUGUUCAUGUCCUCAAUGGAGAGCCUAGCGCAGCUAGAGGUGUUGUGUGAAAAGCUGUACAAUUCUAGAGACUCCGCUGAGAGAGCACAUGCAGAAAGCACCCUCAAGUGCUUCUCAGAGAACAGUGACUACAUUUCACAGUGCCAGUAUAUAUUGGACAAUGCAUCAACUCCGUACGCCUUGAUGCUGGCCAGUACAAGCUUGUUGAAGCAAGUCUCCGACCGCAGCCUUUCUUUGCAACUGCGCCUGGAUAUCCGGAAUUAUGUCAUGAACUAUCUUGCGGCAAGAGGACCUAAAUUGCAGAACUUUGUGAUUGUUUCCCUAAUUCAGCUUGUUUGUCGGAUAACAAAAUUUGGAUGGCUUGAUGAUGACAGAUUCAGAGAGAUUUUCAAAGAAGCAACAGAUUUCUUAGCUCUUGCAUCCCAGGAUCACUAUUUGAUAGGAUUGAAGAUACUAAAUUUUCUCGUAAUGGAAAUGAACCAGGCAAACUCUGCAAUGCCCUUGUCGCUUCACAGAAAAAUUGCAACCUCAUUCAAAGACCAGUUUCUUCUGCAGAUCUUCCAAAUUUCUCUUACCUCAUUACACCAACUGAAGAGUGAAGGUAACUUUCCAGUAGCAGAUGACCUAAGGCGUGUUCCUAUUUCUCUUGCGUUGAGGUGCUUGUCAUUUGACUUUGUUGGUUCACCAGUGGAUGAGAGCUCUGAAGAAUUUGGAACAGUGCAGCUUCCUGCAUCCUGGAGGCCUCUCCUUCAAGAUCCUUCAACUGUCCAGAUUUUUUUCGAUUACUACAAAGUCAAUGAUACAACUGUUUCCAAAGAGGCUUUAGAAUGUCUUGUCAGGCUUGCUUCUGUCAGGCGUAGUCUUUUUGUGGAGGACCCUGCGAGGUCCCAGUUUCUCUCUCAUCUGAUGUCAGGCACCAGGGAGAUACUCCAAACAGGCCAAGGUCUUGCUGAUCAUGGGAACUACCAUGAGUUCUGCCGUCUCCUGGGACGUUUUAAAGUGAAUUAUCAGUUAUCAGAGCUUCUGAGUGUUGAGUUUUAUGGCGAAUGGAUUGGUCUUGUAGCAGAAUUUACAACUAAAUCAUUGCUAUCAUGGCAGUGGGCCAGUAACAGUGUAUACUAUCUUUUAAGCCUUUGGUCAAGGCUGGUGACAUCUUUGCCUUACUUGAAAGGCGAUACACCAAGUCUGCUAGAUGAAACUGUACCCAAAAUUACGGAAGGUUUUAUCACUUCCAGAAUUAAUUCUGUUCAGGCCUCAUCAGAUUUAGACAAUCCGUUGGAUAAUGCCGAAGGUCUCCAGGAUCAGCUGGAGAGUCUUCCUUAUCUUUGCCGAUUCAAGUACGAAAGCUGUAGCCUUUUCAUCAUAAAUAUCAUGGAGCCUCUUCUACAAGCUUAUACGGCAAGGUCAAGAUUAACUGCUCCUGGAGAUGUAGCUGAGCUUUCUGUCAUUGAAGGGCAGAUUGCAUGGAUGGUCCACAUAAUUGCAGCCAUUCUCAAGAUAAGACAGACUGUUGGUUGCAGCCAAGAUUCACAGGAGUUAUUCGACGCAGAACUUGCAGCCCGAGUGUUACAAUUGAUAAAUAUUACCGAUACAGGGGGGCAUGCACAGAGAUAUCAAGAAUUAAGCAAGCAAAGGCUUGAUCGAGCUAUUCUUAUCUUUGUGCAAAAUUUCAGAAGAUCCUAUGUAGGUGACCAAGCCAUGCAUUCUUCAAAGCAGUUGUAUGCAAGAUUGUCUGAGCUUCUUGGACUGACUGAUCAUUUAGUUUUACUCAACGUUAUUGUUGGGAAAAUAGCUACAAAUCUCAAGUGCUACGCUGAGUGUGAGGAUGUAAUUGAUCAUACUCUGGCACUGUUCCAGGACCUCGCAUCUGGCUAUAUGACUGGAAAGCUUCUUCUCAAGUUGGAGAGUACAAAGUUCAUCAUGUCAAAUCAUUCUCGGGAAAAUUUUCCGUUUCUUGAUGAAUACAGGUGUGUCCGCAGUAGAACGAACUUCUACUACAUCCUUGGCUCCCUGGUCUUCAUGGAAGAUGGCCCAAUAAAAUUCCGCACUUUCAUGGAGCCACUUCUGCAGAUUGCAGUUAAUUUAGAGGCAAGUGCCGAUGCUGCUUUCCGGACUGAUGCUGUAAAGUACGCAUUUACUGGUUUGAUGAGAGAUCUACGAGGCAUUGCGAUGGCCACAAAUAGCCGCAGGACUUACGGGCUCCUAUUUGAAUGGUUGUAUCCAUCUCGCAUGCCGCUUCUAUUGAGAGCCAUUUCCCUGUUGACAGAUGAACCAGAGGUUACCACACCUUUAUUCAAGUUCAUGGCUGAAUUUGUUUUGAACAAAGCUCAGCGAUUGACGUUUGAUUCGUCAUCACCAAAUGGGAUCCUACUGUUUCGAGAGAUAAGCAAGCUUAUUGUGGCUUAUGGUUCAAGGAUUCUAUUACUUCCAAAUGGCACUGAUAUUUAUGCAAGAAAAUACAAAGGCAUAUGGAUUUCAUUGACUGUUCUUUCAAGGGCCUUAUGUGGGAACUAUGUCAAUUUUGGUGUGUUUGAGCUUUAUGGUGACAGAGCUCUCGCAGAUGCCCUUGAUAUAUCUUUGAAGAUGACGCUGUCAAUUCCACUGUCUGAUAUAUUGACAUUUAAAAAGCUAUCAAAAGCAUACUAUGGAUACAUGGAAGUUAUGUUCAACAACCAUAUCACUAUCAGUUCUGUUCUCAAUUUGGAUACAAGCACCUUCGUGCAUAUUGUCAGCACACUUGAAUCUGGCUUAAAAGGAUUAGAUACGGGGAUAUCAACACAGUGCGCUUCCGCCAUUGAUAGCUUGGCAGCUUUCUAUUUUAACAAUAUAGCUAAUAUAACUGCUGGUGAUAACCCUCCAUCACCAGCUGCACUGAAUCUUGCUCGGCAUAUUGGGGAGUUCCCCAGUUUAUUUCCUCAGAUACUAAAGACACUUUUUGAAAUCAUUAUCUUCGAGGAUGCGGGUAACCAGUGGAGUCUCAGUAGACCAAUACUGAGUUUAAUAAUGAUCAGUGAACAGAUGUUUAGUGAUCUGAGAGCACAGAUAUUAGCGUCACAGGCUGUAGAGCAGCAACAACGCCUCUCACAGUGCUUCGAUAAGCUCAUGACUGAUGUCACAAGGAGCCUGGAACCGAAGAACAGAGAUAGAUUCACUCAGAACCUUACAACAUUCAGGCAUGAUUUCCGAGCGAAGUAGCAGUCGUUUCAGAAUUAGCUGCCAGUUGGAGGAGGUGCUUCUGCUUUGCUGUAAAUACCCAGCUUGUUUUCAUCUUAGGAAUCACCAUUUGUUGGGGAAAAAAAUUGUUCUAAAAAAACUCAGUUUAGCUUUCGUUGGCUGGAAGGAUCAAGGGUUCUGUUGCUGCAUGCUGUGGUGAAAAGCAGUUGUAAAUCUCUUAGUUAUCCGUAUCAGAAUGGUGAAUGGUGGGGACUGACUUGAUUUAGCUCUGCAUCCCUUUGCUUAUAUAGCAACAUUCAUCGUGAUUGCCGUUUCCCCAAGUUGUUAGGGGGACAACAGCCUUCACUUACCUAAUUCAUUGGUUAAAAAGUUAGAAGGAAAGUCAUGUAAAUGGCCAUGUUGGCUAGCUGAAGGGUGGAAAAUGAUAGUCUGGGUGGAAGGGAAGAUCUUUUGUACAAAUCAGGCUGUCCUCCCUAUAGAUUGUUGUCUCUGUCGAUGUUUCCUUUUGAUGGUUUUAUGCAGGUUUAUGUCCUGGUAGCCAAUUUGUUUCGUUUGGUGCUGUGCAAUAUUGUUCCAUUUCAAGAGUUUGGGAGUGGAAGGUCUUGAUUUGUGCUGGCCUCUGGACUGGAGUGAUUCUCGUGCUUCGCUCAGCAUGACUUCAAACUAGUACUUGGUACAAAGUAGGUUCCUGAUUAAUGCUAGUAUAUGUGAGGCUUUCCUACCUUUUUGUACCUUUCUGGCCAUUCUUUUGCCAAUAUGUUGUAAUUAUGUAUCUCUUGUAUAUGCUCCAUAACACCGGUGAUUUGAAACAUUUGGCAUUUUUUUU